UGUUUGAAAAACGUGCACAGACAGGUUUGUAUUCCUGUUGCGUGACUCGUGGCUUUGGCACACACUGAAUUGUUUCAGCCAUGAGAAGCAGCUAGGAAAUUUCGCAAUCCCUGCAGGUGGCGCCAAGUCUAUACUAAAUUCACUUCAACUCAAACUUAAAGCUGAAGAAAAACGAAGGGAGAAAACAAUAGAAGCAGCAGAGUGUUUCUCAAAUUACAAGACAUGGACAUCGAUGCUAGAAGUUGGGAUUCAAAUCCUAGGUUGAGGAUUGUUCUGGUUGGGAACACUGGGACUGGGAAGAGUGCUUCUGGAAACACCAUCCUGGGCAGAAAAGAGUUUAAAUCUGAAGCCAGCUCCUAUUCAGUUACAAAUGUGUGCCAGAAGAGAGAUGGAGAAGUGGCUGGGAGGAGUGUUGCUGUGGUCGACACCCCAGACUUGUUGGAUUCAGAGCGUUCUCAGCCUGAUAUUCAACGCCACGUUAAAGAUUGUGCUUCUCUGUCUGCCCCGGGACCCCACGCUUUCCUCCUGACCAUACAGACUGGACGAUUCACAGAAGAAGAGAAGAGAGCCGUGGAGACAAUCCAGGAGAUUUUUGGCAAGGGAGCUACAAGGCACGCUAUUGUGCUUUUCACCCGAGGGGAUGAUCUGGAAAACGAGACGAUUGAGGAGUUUGUCCACAAGAACCAGCAUCUCUGCCGGCUGGUUAACAAGUGUGGAGGCAGGUAUCACCUCUUCAAUAACAGGAAGACCAGCGAUCGCACCCAGGUCACUGAGCUGCUGGAGAAGAUAGAGAGCAUGCUGAAAGAAAAUGGAGGCAGCUGGUAUAAGAUAAACCCCAAGAGAGAAGACAGAAGUCAAUGGCCACUGAUUAAAAACAUACUAAUUGGAGCGGUUUUGGGAGCAGCUGUGGGAGCAGCUGUGGGAGCAGCAACUGGCAAUUCAUCAGGAAAUGGAGCAGCAAUUGGAGCAAUAUUAGGGGUCUUGGGUUCUUUGUGGAGAUUUUUAAAAAAUAACAGCAGCUACACCUUCCAAGAGCAAGACUCGCAUCACAGCUCCAGUUUCACACAAAGAAGCAAGCUGUCUGGAGGAAAUGCUGAUUCCGAGUUGAGGAUAAUACUGAUUGGAAAAACUGAGAAUGGGAAGAGUGCUUCAGGAAACACCAUCCUGGGCUCAAAGCAGUUUAUAUCUAAACCUGGCUUCUCUUCAAUUACAAAAGAGUGUGUGAAGAUGAAAGGAGAAGUUGAUGGGAGAAGCGUUGCUGUGGUCGACACUCCAGGCUUGUAUGACACCGAUCUCAGUGAAACAGAAGCUUUACGUGAGAUUGUGAAGUGCAUUUCCAUGUCUUCCCCGGGACCCCAUGCAUUUCUGAUUGUGAUACAAAUGGGUCGAUUCACAAAGGAAGAGAGAGACACAGUGGAUCUAAUCAUGAAGAUUUUCGGUGAGGGAGCUGAAAAAUACACAGUGGUGCUCUUCACCCGCGGAGAAGACCUGGAAGAUAAUGAGACGAUUGAAGAAUUCAUUCAGAGAGGUGAUCAGCACCUCAAGAACAUUGUAGAGAAGUGUGGAGGCCGGUGUCAUGCCUUCAACAACAAGAUGAUGAGCGAUCGCUCCCAGGUCACUGAGCUGCUGGAGAAGAUGGAGAGCAUGGUGAAAGAGAAUGGAGGCGGUUGCUACACCACUGAGAUGUACAAGAAGGCUGAAGCAGCCAUUGAAGAAGAGAAAAAGAGGAUAAUGAAGGAAAGCCCAGGUUGCAGUGAGGAAGAUGCUAGAAAGAAAGCAGAAGGAAGCAAUGCAUUUAUAAAAACAUUAAUAGGAGCAGGAAUAGGAGCAGGAACAGGAGCAGUACUAGGAGCAAGAAUAGGAGCAUUUGGAGGACCCAUAGGAGCAGGAAUAGGAGCAGCAGGAGGAGGAAUAGUAGCUGUGGUAAAUGACAAAUGUUCAAUACAGUAAAGUCCUGUAUGAGCCCUGACUUUGACAGACUCCAGUGUAUUUCAAUGCGCUUUCUGUUUACUUCAUGUAUUGUUUCUCCUACUCUCUGUACAAUGAACUAAAUCAUAUUACUGUGGCUGUUUUCUUCUUUUAAUUUAGCAAGAACCUCAAAUAAACUUUAAAACACAA